CGGUCGAUUAAAAAACUAGCUACGAUUUAGCUACAAUACACGAACUAUUUUCUUUGUCCAAUAUAGUAAUGGCUAACUUGUCUGUGUAACUGCAUGUACCACUGAUUCUAUCGAAAGCGAAAACCGAAAGUAACGGAGGCCAAAAAACAUUCUGCAUUUUUUGUUGCGCAUCUGUGGCUACGGCAGUCGGACUCGUUUCAUUUGCCUGCCUCUGCUCUCUGCUCUCUGCUGCUGCUGCUUGAGCCUGUAGCCGCACAACAACAGACUGUUCACUUAAGGGAGGGAACGAAGAGGCUGAAACGGAAGACAGCACUGCAGAGCUGCCCUCCGUGGAGCUAUCGGCUGAGCGACUCUUCAUUCUGGGAGCAACUGGGGACCACUUCAUACUGCGCAAAUGUCAAAACAUGUGAAAUUAACUGUCUAAUGAGGAGGAAUAAUUAACAAAUAAGCACAAUUAAUUGUUAUAAUUUUUUCAAACCAAUCUUUUGUUUUGGCGUUAUUGGCACGCAAUGGCUAGCAAACGGAAGUCAACGACUCCCUGCAUGGUCCUUCCUUCUGAAACGGUGGAGCAGGACGCAAAGAUGGUGGCGAUAACAGAGGGAGAGGAACAAGCCGAGGAUGAAGUGGCAGCUCCUGCUGAAGACACCAAGGCCUCAGAAGAAAAUGAACCGGGUGAGGACGACAUGCAGGCCGUUGACCGCUACAUCAAAACCAUGGACUCCAGUAUGGUAGAAGGAGGCUACGAGUGCAAAUACUGCAGCUUCCAGACCCCAGACCUCAACAUGUUCACGUUUCACGUUGACACUGAGCACCCAAAUGUGGUUCUCAACUCCUCCUACGUGUGUGUGGAGUGCAACUUUCUAACUAAGCGGUACGAUGCACUUUCGGAGCACAACACACGUUACCAUCCAGGGGAGGACAAUUUCACAAGGACCAUGGUGAAGCGCAACAACCAGACCAUCUUUGAACAGACGGUCAAUGAUUUGACAUUUGACGGCAGUUUUGUGCAGCAGGAGGCGGGCGAGGAAGGAGAGGACAUCUCCGUCUCUGGCAUCCCACUCAGCAAGACCCCCAUCAUGAAGAUGAAGAACAAGGCCGAGCCCAAAAGGAUCGCCGUGUCCCACAAGGUGGCUGAGGAGGAUGAGGUGAAGGUGGAGAGCGAGGGUGAGCAGGAGCCCAAGGAGGUGACCUCGGUCCCUGCCAUCACCCCAGUCCCUGUCGAACAGGUCAAGCCCAGCAUCGUUGUCAACUGCUCCAAUCUGCUGCAGGCGGAGCCAAAGAAGACCAUCAUCAACUCAGCCACUGUUCUCCCAGCAAGCCUGGCCCAGGUCCUGUCUGCCCUGCAGGCACAGCAGAACUCUCAGACCCAGCUGCUGAUACCAGUCAGCAGUAUCCCCACAUACAAUGGAGCCAUGGACAGCAACACACUGCUGGUCAGCACCUACAACAAGUUCCCGUACCCCUCGGUGUCUGAGAUCAUGGGGCUUGCGGCCCAGACGAAGUUCACGGAGGAGCAGAUAAAGAUCUGGUUCUCUGCACAGCGGUUGAAGCACGGGGUGAGCUGGACCCCGGAGGAGGUGGAGGAUGCCAGGAGGAAACAGUUCAAUGGUACAGUUCACACGGUGCCCCAAACUAUAACCGUCAUCCCCGCCCACCUCUCUACUACCGCCAAUGGCUUGCAGUCUAUCCUACAGACUUGUCAGAUUGUGGGGCAGCCGGGCCUUGUCCUGACACAGGUCUGUGGAGCCAAUACUUUGCCAGUGACUACGCCCAUCACACUGACAGUAGCUGGAAUGGCCAACCAAGCACAGCUCCCAAAACCCGCCACUAUCCAGACAACCCCUCCUGCUGUGGAAACAAAGAGGGCCACCACUCUCCAGCCCCCUGCUCUGACCCCUCAGGAAAACUCUGCCCUCGGCCUGGACAGCCUUGGAUUGCGGACCAAGAAGUCCAAGGAGCAGUUGGGAGAGCUGAAGGCUAGCUACCUGAAGAAUCAUUUUGCCAGUGAUGCAGAGAUCUCCCGGCUGAUGAAGCUGACUGGCCUCACCAAGGGUGAGAUCAAGAAGUGGUUCAGUGAUACACGGUACAACCAGCGCAACUCGAAGAACAACCACGUCUUCGUUUUCAACGAGAGUCCCCCAAGCGCCGGCGGCAGUGCCCCCAUCAUAAUCGACUCGAGUGAUGAAACCACCGAGUCUCCCCCAUCGGUGCCUGUCAAAGAAACGCGUGCCAAGACGCGCAACCCUUUCCCAGACUUCACACUCCAGAAGUUCAAGGAGAAGACCCCUGAACAACUGCUGGUCUUGGAGGAGAGUUUUCAGAAAUGCAAAACGCCUACUGACGAGGAGCUGAGUAGGCUUAGGACAGAAACUAAGCUCACCCGGCGGGAGGUGGACGCCUGGUUCACAGAGCGGAGGAAAGCGCCGGAGGUGAUAGAACCUAAAGUUGAGCAGAAGGACAGUGAGGCUGUUAAAUCUCACUCCUCUCCCCGGCAGAGGAGCCAGACUCCUCCCAGCGGAAAGCGGCAGAGCAGGGACAAGAUGGGAAAGAAAACCCCAGAGCAGCUCCACAUCCUGAAAGCCGCAUUUGUGCGCACCCAGUGGCCAUCGGCAGAAGAGUAUGACAAGCUGGCGGAUGAGAGCGGGCUGCCCAGGUCUUACAUUGUCAAUUGGUUUGGCGACACUCGAUACGCCUGGAAAAACGGCAACCUCAAGUGGUACUACUUCUACCAAAGCGGGAACGUUGGGGCCAUAAAUGGCAGUGGGUACAGGAAGAGGGGGAAAGGCAGGGCUCGAAAUCGAGGCAGGGGGUGGUCCCGGAGGAACAAACGUUCCUCUAACUGGGCCCGGUCACCCCCUCCAAUGAAGUUCAAGAGUGGCAAAGAGUCUCUGAAGGAGUACUACCUCAAGCACAAGUUUUUGAAUGAGCAGGAUCUGGAUGAGCUGGUAGCGAAGUCUAACAUGGGUUAUGAGCAGGUGCGGGACUGGUUUGCUGAAGUUGGCAAAAGGCAGGAAAUGGGUGUGGACCCGUUUCUGGAGGACGUGGAGGAGGAGGCGGCGCAGGCGGAGGGUGAGAGUGAUGCGGUGGCGGAACAGCAGAUGGACGGCGCUGCAGAUGAAGAUGAAGAGGAAGAUGAAACUGAUGACAGCGAUGCAUGGGAGCCCCCCCAGAGUGUUAGACGAACACUGUCGGGAUCGGAGGAUUAGCUUUGAUGAUGAUCUAGAAUUUUCACUUUAUGUAUACUGCAGAAGAAGAUGGAAGAUGUUCAUCUCUCUGCUGAAUGAGCCUCAGCUGUGUUACGUAGUGGACCAACCAAAUGCAAAGGGAGUCACAGUUAUUUUCAAAUCCAAUGGAGGAUGUCUGGUGCCAAAGUAACGCUGCUGUUGGCGUUUCCUUUUUCCAGCAGAUUGGUUACUCUGAAAAUCUGUCUCGACACGGCUUCACCCUGAUCGUUAAACCUGUUAGCACAUUAUUUAUUAGGCAAACUGACCACUACCUCUGUUUUAUAAUGGGUCUUAGACCACUUCUUGGUGGUGAAACCUCACAUAAUUCUUACUGGUAACGUAAUGACUUUUGAGACCAAAUGUUCCUGAACAUUUGUGACAUCAAGUAUUCUUUUUUCCAAGUUCAAAGGAAGAACUCCUUAUUUAUUGCCCCCUCGUCAUUGUUUCAGCAAUGGCCUGUAAGGAGAUGGGGAAAGAAACAUAUGUAGAUAUCAUUGAAACCGGUACUAGAUCUUUUGAUCCUAAAUUGUUUGACCAGUAUUUUAACUCUUCUGCUGAGCAAUGAAAGACUGUAUUUAUUCUAGCAUUUGUGUUUCAAGUGCUUUUUUUAUUAACCAAAUACGGGAGCUAAUCAAACUUUUUCUAUCCGUUUUUAUGGGUGGAUAUCAGGGUUGUAAUCUUUUUCUUCAUUGUUCGCCUUGAACAUAAGAUAAAUGUUUAUUUCUAGGUGAAGUAAAACUCAGUUGGGGUCCUUUUGCCAGACUGAUGGAUCCUAAUAUUUUCCAUGUUUAAAACCAAACUAAAGCAAAGACCUAGAGAAGUGUCCCUGUGCAAAGGAACACAGUUUUAUCCAAAUGUAAAUUACUCCAGUGCACAAAAUUGUGCUUUUUAGUUCUUUUUUUGUAUGUACAGAUUUCCUUACAAAUCACGGGUAAGAAUAUCUCUUAAGCAGUGCAUUGAAUCAGCACUGUGUGAACCAUGCAGACUGAGUUGUAUCCUCAGAUACUACUGCACACAGUCAAGUCAUGUUAAAAAUGUUCAGGGCUAAUGGAAAGGGGAGUAUUUUCUGCUGUUGUGUGUGUGUGUCUGUGUGUGUGUCUGUGUGUGUGUCUGUGUGUGUGCGUGUGUGUGCGCGUGUGUGCGCGCGUGUGCGCGCGUGUGCGCGCGUGUGCGCGCGUGUGCGCGUCUGUCUGUCUGUGUGUCUGUGUGCGUGCAUACUUGCCUUGGUGUACAACAUCUACCAUUUUUAUUUUUAAAUCGGGUUGGACAUCCAAGACUGGUCCUCCCCCUACAAUUAGACUGUUCGGUUUUCAGAUAUGCAACAAUGUAACAAAAUGUGACAAGAUGGUAGCUUGGUUCGGCAAUUUACGGGGUCAAUUUGAAAUACUGUACAAUGAAAUUGUUUUUUUUUUAUUUUUUAUUCCUCUAACAGCUGGCUUCUUAAUAUGUGAAAGUACUUUAUUAAAUUAUUUAUUUGUUGUAUGUUUAAAAAACAUAAUUAGUCACUUUUAGAGCAAUAACAAAUGAAAGUGUUCUGAACAUAAUUAGUGGCUGUCCCAAUCUGGACUGUAAAUAAACAGCGCUUAAUGUAAAGAUUCACAGUCAUUAUGCUUUAAUUUCACUCACUUUUCACUAAGUUUGAUUAUGGAGAACUCCAGAAGGAUAUGGGAUACGGUCCGGGACUCUUACUAGCCGAUACUGUGGACUAUGCAGUUUGGAGUGUCUGACACUCGUUAAACAGUACCAAGGUCACAGGUACUCAAAAGACUGACUUGAAACUUCUAAUUGGUCCAGAAUGUUCUAGCUGCAAAACCACUAAGGACAAGGUAAAGUUGACAUUCAACUUGUACAUAUGUUAUGCCCUGGUAAUUGAUCUGUAGUUUUUAAUUCUUUUUUAAAUACUAUUUUCUAAUUUACAAUAAUGCUCAGCUUAAGCUUGACUUCAAUCCAUUGCUUGUGUGUGGUGUAUAGAAUAAAAUGAAUUAAUACAGUAGUUGGUUUGACCGUUUUGUUCUGCUCACUUGCGUAAAAAAGGGGAAAGACUUGUUUAAGAUUUAAGAGUAUUGCAUUUCUUUCCUACGAGUCUGUCCUGGACCAUCCAUCUUGACUUCAGCACAUAACAUCAAGGUCCUUAAUGACUGGGUGAAGUUUUGCCUAUAAUGUGUGUAAGUAGGUGAAUCUUGUACAUUGUUAUACUGUGUUUUCUUUUUCCUUUUUUCUUUGAAAAGAGUACUGAAUGACUUGUUUUUGAAGCCAUUUCUCAUUGGACAUGUUUGCUUAUAGAUGCAAAGAUUCUUGCUCAAAUGAUAAUUUUGCAAAAGCUGUUUUCCUGUAUGUGACACAGCUAGAAUAAUUUUAAAGAUUCAUUUCAUCUGGAAAUGCUUGUAUUUUUAUUAUCCUUCGUUGUAAAUCAAUGCGCUGUCAAACCUGCAACCAGUUAAAUGAAUAGGUGUAACGUGAUAAUUUCUAGCUAUUCUCCUACGGUUGCCUUUUGACUUAGUACAUUUUGUGAAAUAUCUAUGCUGAAAGUCAGGCAUGAUGAAAAGUUGCUGAUGUUAUAUGGUUUAUAAUUUGUUUUUCUGAGGAAUCUUGUGUUUUGUUAAUUACCUUGAUACAGGACAAUCCUGUGGACCCAUGCAAACACUCAUCAGCGACAAGCUUUGUUCUCUUGAACUGAAGGUAUUGUUGAGUGCAAUUUAAGACUAAAAUAUGUUUUAACAAGCUGUGGCUUUCACUUGGGUAAUACAAAAUAUAUCUUUUAUACUGAUGUGUUUGGAAACCGUGCUCAAUAAACCUUUGAAGAAGA